CUAUUCUUUCAAGCACCACGGUCUCAACAAUUUCAAAUUUACAUAUAAUAAUUUACAUAUUCCUAAUUACACGUUACCAUUCGAUUUUGUUUCCGGUGACGUGACCGAGCUGUACGACUAUACAAUUUCGCAGCUCGGAUUAGACAGGAGUGGGGUGAACGUUGGACUGGGGCUGGACGAGUAUAAAGUAGACGCGUUCUUUAUAGCCCAGAACCUGGUUAAGGACGUGUCGACGAAUCAGUUUAACAAUUCACUCAGUCCUGCAAUAAUCGGUUUGGAUUUGCAAUUUGCGACGCCGACGACAAAAUUGAUAACUCUUGUCGUGCUCGCACAGUACGAUAAUAGCAAAAUUCAAAUAAGUAACAAAGAGAUUAGGGUGUAAUGAACAGCGCGGAGGUUCAAAAAUUGAUUCCGUUUGGAAAAUUUUUGUCGCUCGACGAACUGGUGCACGAGGAACCGUCAUUUCCGGCGUACUACGUAAUCAACUUGUCGAAACGGAAAAUCGGACAUUUUGUAGGUUUGGCGUUUGUAAAAAAACGCGGAAUGAUCACGGCUUUUUAUAAUGAUAGUAUGGGGAUGAUGCCGUUCGUCAAACAACUAGCAGAUUUUAUCAACAAAUACGCUCAAAAAAUUAUUUGCAACAAAUUCCCUCAGCAAAGCGAAGAGAGUGAAAUUUGUGGACCGAUAUCGGUGCUUUUCUUACAUCACAUUAGACGAGGUAAAGACGUGAUCUUGUUCUACGAAUCAUUAUUAAAUGAGCACGCUGUGAAUGAUGCGAUCGUAAAGAGAGAGAUGGGGGAAAUCGGAUAAAAGCCGAGUCGUCACGAACGUAGCAUUCACAAGCGAGCAACAUGUUCGAGCAGAAGGUUAUCAAUUUGAACGCGUCGUGCACGAAGCGGAUCGCAGUCGGCUUUCACAAGAACGACAAGCUGAGCCCGGUGAUCCUCCUCAAGGACGGCCAAUGUAAAGUAAUUAUCACACCAGCUACUUGGAGAGGUCUAGCGAUCAGACGCGAGCGGAUUUUAAAAUGCAUGAACGAAAAUAUCGCCUUCACUUUCAAAUUUCAAGAUGAGGGUUUGUACACACAGCUCUCAUCUUCCAUGAUGGAAAAAAAACCGCUUUUGUACAUUAAGCAGCGCCCGAAAUUUGAAUCUAGCGGUGCGUAUAUCUACAUGGCUCUAACAUCGGUUCAAACUCUAUUCGCCAUGUACGAUUUGAUCGAUUCUCACUUGACUUAUUUGAUUUCGAUCGAAGACGAAAACAACAAACUGUACGGUAUUUUCGUAAACUUGAAUUGCAAGCGCGAUAUAAUCGACACCGUGGACGAUGUGGGGGGAAAGCUCAGAGCUCACGAAAUGCUCCUUCAUUCGUUGAUCGAGGCGAGAGUGGAGGAAAUGAAUAAAAGCAGACUCACGGCUGAAAAUCGAGCAUAGAUCAUCACACACUCCGAGAUGACUUUUCCCAUGCGCUCACCGAGAACCUUCCAAAUAACUAAGAAUAGAGACGUUACCGUCUUUUUGGAUCCUGAAACCAAAAUUCCCUGUGUGCUCUUGUACGGCUAUUCCGACUUUCAUCAAAGGGUUAAGCUACCCUAUCUCGAACUGCGUAAUUGGAUCGAAAAAAACGGAUUUCACACCGUCUACGACGAAACUUUUCUGAAUCACAGACCGAACAUUGUUAAAAUCAAAAAUAAUACUGGCGUGUUUUAUCUGAGUGUUCACAUCUUCGAAUUUCUCGAGAUGAUGUUACCCCUGCUCGAUCAAUAUGUAUCGAGCAUUACCGAAACCGAAUGAUUUAUUUUAUGUUGGUGACCAACGGUGUCGGGAUUUGAAUUGUAUUGUUUUUUUUUUUUUUAAAAAUAUUGAUAUACUUCAUGGAUUUGUAUUGGUUUUUUAAAAAAUAUGUAUUGGAUUUGUGUUGCUUUGAAAAAAUAAAAAAAAUAAAAAAAAAUAACCAAAAAAUAUGAUUUUCAAUAAAGCAAAUUUCCUUUCAUCGAAAAAGUAGUAUGAAGAACGUAAAUAAAAAAAUCAUUGAAAAAUAAUAAAUUAGUAUACAAGAACGCAAAUAAAAAAAUAGGAUAAAAGAAUAGUAAUAAAAAAACGAUAUGUGGCCGGCGUCGCUUCUCUCUCACCAUACGUGUGAGCAAAACACAUCGUGCGCGUCGCACCUCGCUCCCGAGCUGAGUGUACGCAGCCUGCUUUACCUGCUGACGACGGUACGAUAGCUCGCGCUCACCGUAGCAACCACCUGUUGCCACCUGCAUUAAAUGCGGAACGCUUGUCUCGGAAAGACGUGGUGAAUUAAUGCGUGAACCGACUAACAAACCGAAUUCGUCAGAUUCGAUCAAUUUUCAUUCGUUAGCUAGUCUUUUGAAUUUAGCGGAAUUCAGAUUUAUUUCCUAAUUGAGAGAUAUGACUGGUAGCAGUAGACGGUACAACCACCUGACAAAUCAAUUUUUUUGAUAAAACUCACACAAAUCGUCUAGAAUUGAUGAUUACAUGUUUAUUUCCGAUAUAAAGGAAAAGAAAAAUAUGCUAUAUAUUUACUAGUUAUUGAAAUAAUGAAUACACAACGAUGAUUUAUGCUACUAAUUUUUAAAUAUUCAUCUUUUCCGGUUUUUAAAGCACACAUUAAAUUAAAAAAAUGUAAAGGAAAAAAAUACACUUGAUCAUACUAGGACCGUGCACAAAGCUGUUUUUAUAAAAUACCAGCCUGUUGCUAUGUCGACAGAUGAAGAUCGAGCGAGACGCGUGAUGAAAUUGAGAAAAUGGGUGCGCGGCCAUUUUUUUUUUAAAAAAUCGUAAGUGUCUUCCCACAACUUGUUGCUAUGCUAGAUGUCGGCAUCAAUCGAGACGCGAGAGGAAAUUCAUGAGAUACAAUCAAAUCAUGUUUAUUUUCGAUAUAAAGGAAAAGAAAAAAUAUGAUAUAUAUUUAAAAAAACAUUUGAUUUACUAGUUAUUGAAUUAAUGAAUGCUCAACUGUGAUUUAUGCUACUGAUUUUUAAAUAUUCAUCUUUUCCGGUUUUUAAAGUACCCAUUAAAUUACAUAUCAAACAUGCGAACGAUAAAAUUAAUUAAAAGAUUUUUGAAAAAUUUCUAUAGGAAAAACUGAUCGCGUGAUUUCUGUCAGAGGAAAAAAUAUUAAAAGAGCUAAUCCGAAACGCCGUUAAAAAACCUAAGCAUUUUUUCAUCGCAUUACAUUCACGCAUUAAUUGGAUGAAAAACAAACCAGUUGAAAAUAGAUGACUUACCGAAAAAACGCUGACGGACUAACACGCUCAUUCUAAUAUGCUGACGAUAAGAGAAGUUAAAAACAAAGCGCUUAAUAAAAUUAAAUAUGAGACGGCGUGAUCGUGGUACGACGCUACGAAGCACAAGCGACGCUUUGCGCUUUGGCGAUUGAGAGUGCUUAUCGAUACUUAUAGUAUCGACAAUUAUCAACUUUUCUGAUUUUUCUAUUAUUUCAGAUCGAACACUGUCGAAUUAAAUUAAAUAACGCUUGAAUUUAAUUAAAUAACGCUUCAAUUAAAAUUAUUUCGUAAUUUACUUGAUUUUAUUAAUUUGAUAUAUCGAUAUUCGAUACAUUGAUAAAUAUCGAUACUUUUGUGUUGUUUAUGCAGCACCGCCUCCCAGAUAAUAUGCGGUUUGUUUACAAUUCUUUACUGAGCGCGUGAGACGAAAAAAUUGAGUUAAAAUGAAGCAAAUUGUACUCUUCCUGCUGGUGAUCGGUUACGUAAGGUGUUUAGAGUUCACCAGGAGAUAUGAUGGAAGUAAGUGUACGGAUGGAGGUGACGGCAAAUUGAGGUUCUGGCCGCGGACUCCACCAAUUCCAAAUUCUGACAAGAUUACGAUCAUUGGUUGGGAUAAGAGUAGCGUUAUUCGGAGUGAUAUCAACGUGAAGGCUUUCAGCAGUUCGCGAUUGGCAAAUGCUCUGACUCACUACACAGACGGCAAAAUUGACUGGAAAUCAAAUGCCCUAGUCAUGGAAAGUGGAAAUGAGAGUGGAGGUCAGUUCUCAUUUGGUGCAAACAAGGUCGAAUUAGCUCCAAACGAAGCUUUGAUCCUCACCAGAGAUGGGGGAUAUGUGAGAGUGGUCAGAUCUGACGGUCGGGUGCUGACAUUCUUAGAUGAAGGAGAGGAAUUGUUUGUGAAAGAUCUGUUCGUCUCAGUCGACGACGUCUUUGAAUGGACACCGGAAUAUGACGAUGUGGUGUAUCUGAGGGUUGACAACGCGGGUUGUGUGUUCUUUGAGGCUUCAAAUGGCAUCGACUCGCUCGAGCUACGUUCAGACGAAGGGGUUUUCAUCCACACUAACGACGCCGCCAUCAACAAAAUGUCAGUUUCGUCUGGGAAUUCGACCUUGACUGUUGUUGUGGGAGAGGAAAGUGAGGAAAAUCAUCUCAUCGUCUAUGGCAGCGUUUACGACUGUGUCAAUACCAUCAGCACUCAAUCACUCUCCCCAUCAGCCUGUGUCAACGCUAGCUACUCGACCGCUGAAAUGUCAUCUGAUUGUGAAUGCUACACUUGCAGCACUGAAUCCUGUCGGUGUGAAAAGUGCGAAUCUAAGGGUUCGAGCCGCACACCGAGGCGUGAGAGUAUGAGUACUGACAGGACCUCCAGUGAGAAUACGACACCAACCACUGCGAUGACCACGACUUCACCAUCAUCAUCGAGCUCGGAUCAGCAGAUCCCCUUCAAAAGUGGAAUUUUCGCACUGACUACAAUUUCUAUCAUCAUCCUGCUCGCGUUUGUGACUGUGUUGGAGAUGCUUCGUCGGCGACGAGCAAACGCAAUGAGUGUGGUGGAGGAUGUUGAGAUGCAGCAGGUUCCCACUACACAAGAGCAUGACGCGCUAGACGAGCAAGCUCCAGCUGACCUACCCCCAUCAAUCCAGGACCCGCCGGCCAGCGAACCAAUUCGAGUGGAUUGUGUGACGGAAACUCAGCUAAGCGAGGAGGAUGAUGAUGAUGAUGAUGUCUACAUUGUGCCUCGGGGACGUGCACGAUUGAUCGAGCGUUAGUUAAAAUUAGCAGCACUUACCUCCACAUGUUCCUUAAGUUUGUUAUCAGCCGCAUGGAGAUUUCUCACUGUGAAACUCAUCUCACUCAACACUGGUGAUGAACUGAUGUUAGUCUAGUAUAUUUUUAUUUUAAAGGAUAAGGAGGGGAAGAUGGGAAGGGUUGUUUUCAUCUCCAAUAUUUGAUAAAAGGGUGGGUUUUUUUAUAUAUGGAUGAAGAUGUAAGCUGCAACGGUAGCUUUUUUUCUUUUGCUGUUCCUGGAUUUGUGGCGAUCAUAUCUCCAUAAAAUAGAUUUUUUGAUAUGGAUAAAGAUGUAAGCAGCAACGGUAGCUUUUUUUCUUUUGCUGUCCCUGGAUUUGUGGCGGUCAUAUCUCUAUAAAAUGGAAACGCUUAAAGCCACCUUAUAAAAUAGCUACCUGAAAUUACCCUUCAAAGGGAUGAUAUGUAUGUUAAAUUGAUAGAUAUUUGAUACUGAUAAGCUUAAACCAUUAGAGACGGUCUGACAAUUUAUGCCGCAACGUAUUCCUAUCACAUUAGAUGAUUAAUUUGUGAAAUAAAGCACUUUAUAUUAACUCAUUUUCUUUUGCUGUUCCUGGAUUUGUGGCGAUCAUAUCUCUAUAAAAUAGAAACGCUUAAAGCCACCUUAUAAAAUAGCUACCUGAAAUUACCCUUCAAAGGGAUGAUAUGUAUGUUAAAUUGAUAGACAUUUGAUACUGAUAAGCUUAAACCAUUAGAGACGGUCUGACAAUUUAUGUUGUAAUGUAUUCCUAUCACAUUUGAUGAUUAAUUUGUGAAAUAAAGCACUUUAUAUUAA